AUGCCGUCCUCCACUCCAAAAGACUACGUCUAUCAAAGUCUGGGCAAUCAAGACGUGUCUAUUCUCGACCAUGGCUUUACACCCGUCGAUUCUUUCAUGAUUCGUGUUAUCGUCCUCGAGCCAGCUGCAGACAAAGAUGCAGACCUACACUGCACCAUCGAACACUACGACGUCAGUAUCACGAGAUGGGACAGCCGCUACGAUGCCAUAUCCUACACAUGGGGUCCUGCCGUCUUUUCCCACACGUUGUAUGUUGGCAAGUCAAAGAUAUCCAUCACACCGACGUUGGACCAAGCUCUCCGACGCUUUCGAAAACCCGAUAUGAAGCGAAGGCUCUGGGCCGAUGCUGUGUGCAUCAACCAAAAAGACUCCAAGGAGCUAGGCCAGCAAGUUCAGCGCAUGGGCCAAAUCUAUCUCAAUGCCGGCGCAGUUCUGGUUUGGCUCGGCGAUGCUGAAAAGAUGGAUCAAUGCAUAAACUUCUUUUGGGGCCUCAGCAGCUCGGGGCACGAAGCCAGCACCACCAGCGAGCGAGCCGAUGAGAGUAUUCGCCAAGAGAUGGUGAGGUUCUUUGGACAUGAAGACUUUGCCACUAUACAGAGAUUCCUUCGUCUCAAGUGGUUUACGAGACGAUGGGUCAUCCAAGAGGCCGUCACCAAAGCUGCCCACUUCUAUUGCGGCAAUCUAGACAUCACUAGCCACGCCCUGCACCAUGCCCUCUUCAUCCUGAACAAGAGCACCUUCAACUUUGAUCGCCGCAUCCUGGAUCACAUGAGAUUCCUAGAACUGGCCGUCGAGACCUGGGAACACUCGACAGCCACGUACCCUAUGGGAAUCCUUGACCUUCUUGUUCGUUUCGGCGGUGUCUCAUGCACCGACGACAGGGACCGCAUUUACGCGUUCUUGGGCAUGGCUGACGAUGUCAAGUCGCCCUAUGCGAGCAUAGCUCCUAUUCAGAGAGACAAAAUGACGGGUUUAUUGAGUACCGAGAGGCGCAAGCAGCUCAGGCCCUCAAGAGAGUCCAUCCCAAUCGUCGUCGAUUACGAAGCCGACCCAAAGCACAUGUAUGCCGACUUUGCGGAGACAAUGUUGCAGCAUAAGGAACACCUAGACCUACUUCACUGCGCUGGGGCGUUUCGUCCACCUGUGGCUUCCAUGUUGAAGCUGUACCAAAGCUGGAUUCCAGACUUUAGAGUUCCCAUGCGCUAUCGGCCGUUUCUCUCGGUGCCCUGGUUUAGCGCUGGUGGUCCACCGCAAGGGCAGAAGCCGUUUGUCAACCACCCAUGGUGCUCUGUCAAUGGCUUCAUCUUUGACACGGUAUCAGUCGCAUACAAGAUCCCCGGCCUUGACACCGCCUACGCUCGGGAGCAGCGGGUCAUGCCUCCUCUCGCAGAGCUGUGCAAUGUUCUCGGCAUGUCUGGGCGCUACAUCACGAGUGAGAGGAUCUGGCAGGCUCUAGGCCUCACGUUCAUUGCGGACCAUGCGCUCAACGACAUCCUUCUGAGAGAGUACCAGCGUCGCGAUAGGUACAACGGAAAACUCAUGAAAAGAAAUGCCCGUGAGAGGGACAUGCACACCUUUCUAGACUGGUGGACCAAUCUUGAGGAUGAAGACCAAGCUGAGGAGUCAGAAGAUCAGCGUUCUACCAAACAUGAAAAGAUUCAACGCGUCGUCAAGAAGCAUCAAAAGUCCUUGCACAGAUCUUCAUGCACUGGCCUGUUCCUUAAGCCUGGAGCUACCGAAAAUGAAUGGGGCCCGACGAGCUAUGAGGUUCAAUCUCACUGGCACAGUCGGGUUGACGACGAAUUGGAACCGUAUUUUAUGGAGACAAUCUUGUCUCAUGUCGAGGAAACCAAAGAGAAGGAGAAGGAAACCAAGGUAGCGGGACUCAUCACGGACGGAAAUGAGGCCGAGAAGUCGGAACAGGCCUUGGUCCCGAAGAAGAAGGCAAAAACAGACCACGAGGCUUAUGAUCCUCGCGAAGAUGCACCGAUGGAUUGUGAAUGGCGUCACUACAAAGGGGGUAUCAUCUACUUGGAUCCUCACCGACACAACCAUGAGAGAUACACACAAGCAGCACACAACACGCUCUGCGGUCGGUCAUUCUUCAUCACCAGCAAGGGUUGGAUUGGUAUUGGACCUGAUGACAUGGCCCCUGGUGAUGCAGCAGCCAUAUUCUACGGUGCUAAAACGCCUUUCAUCCUUCGUUCUGAGGAGCAGUCAAAGUGGAGGCUGGUUGGAGACUCGUACAUACAUGGUAUCAUGGGCGGAGAGGCUCUGGGUAUGAGUGAUAGGGCUGCUGACCGGAAGUUUGUGUUGAUUUGA